UGACUUUAACUUUUAAGCACAAAAGAUCCAUUUAACUAGAAACGGACUGAAAUUAAAUUUUGGCCCAUGUGAUUUUAGAUUGGAAAAUUUGGACUCAAGAUUAUCAAGUUUGCACAAGUCCAAUAUCAAACAACUCUGAUUAGAAAGCUCAAAUAAUCAAAAUUAGGAACAUCCGAAUAAAACUCGAAAUCCAUUUUAAUUAAUCCGGAUGUUUAAACAACCGCUUACUUAACAGUUAAGCAAUGACGUCACUUUUUCUUAAAUUUAAUAGUUGGUACAAUAAAUAACCCAAUAGAAUGCCAGACGACUUGCAAGGGGCGUUACCUGUCAAAUGUCAGUUACCAUUUACGCUGCAUAAAAUCAAAUCACAUGAGUUUUCCCAUCCCUGUGAAAGUAUUGCAUAUACUCAAAUCUCUCGUUUACACACGCACAGGGGGACACCGUCAAGGAAGAUCAUCAAUGGCUGCAGCAGCGAUCACCCAUUCGUUGCCUGAAGAUAUUGUGGUGGAUAUUCUGGCAAGAUUGCCUGUCAAAUCUCUAAAGCGAUUCAGGUGUGUUGGUCAUUGCAAUGGCAUAAUUUGUCUUUGUGACUGUGUUAGUGGUAUUCUUUUGUGGAACAUUGCGACUAAGGAAUUUAAAAUUCUCCCUAUGUGUCCUUUUGAGUGUCCGCCAAGCUAUGAAAAUACCAUUGAUGUAGUGUAUCCUUUGGAGUGUCCGCCAAGCUCUGAAAAUACCAUUGAUGUAUAUAAAGUAAUUAGGAUUGACACAUUUUGGGAGGGUGAUUUCGACAAAGUCCCCCGAGGUAACCGAGUUGCUUUGUACAACUUAACUACUGAUUCUUGGAGAAAGUUGAAUGACAACUUAACUGCUGAAUUCUUCCAUAGUUAUAGGAACUAUCAAGUCUACUCCAACGGAUUUUAUCACUGUUUGGCAGAUGUUGAUAGUGAAGAAUUGCUCCUCUCAUUUGACAUGAGUAAUGAAGUUUUCGUUACAACACCAUUCCCUGAUGGGAGAUUGGAUGGCUGCUAUGAUGUAUGGGUGUUGGGUGAACUUGGUCUAAAGAACUCUUGGACAAAAUUAUUCACCAUUGAAUCUCUUCCUCCUGCCACUACACCAUUAGGAGUGGGCAGCGAUGGUGAAAUCUUCUUUGUUAACGAAGAAAGCAACUUUCUGGCGUGGCAUCAUGGAGAUAACAAAGAGAUAAAGACACUCCAAUUUGAUGGAACUGCAUUAGAGCUAGCAUUUUAUGCAGAGAGCCUAGUUUCUUUCAGGGGAGGAACUGCAUUCAACCAUUAAUUUUCAUUUGCUGAUACUUACAAUUUAGUUAUGCUUUUACUCAAUGUUCAACCUUUUACUAUCAAGAUAAACUGUAUCGGUACCUUUGCAUUGAGAAACAUCUGUUAGAUUUUCUUCUCUCAUUUUCUUUUAUCUUACAUGGCAUUCAAUUUUCAGUCUUUGGUUUUCUAAUGAAUAUAUAGACGUAGGCCAUUGGAGUUUCUUGCUAUUGCCUUAAGAUGGUAACGUCAGUGGUUUUUAGAUCGAUUUCAUGGCUAUUACAAGGGUGAAUGCUACCUGGAGUCGAUAGAAAAGUGCCAAUUUGAUUGACGGAACCUCACUUGUGCAUCUUUGACAAUAUAAACAGUACAACAGGUUUUGCUGUUUUCGAAUAAACUUGGGGAAUUAAGUACAAAUUUCUUGGUUGUGUUUAAUUUGUCCUAGUUAACGCAUCUAUUUUCUUUCGUUUUAUGUUUAAAGUUGAUGGUUUUGAUUAAAAAAAUUCGUGGUGGAGCUUAAUUAAUCUAACUUUGGCCUUUUCUGGUUUUGUUGAGUUGUCUAUAUAUAAAUUUCGUGGUAAAACUUGAACUUUAUAAUGAGUUUUGCACUUGUAAGUAAUUUUGAUUAAGAGAAUCAAUAUAUUUGUAUAUGUUUAAUAUUUAUUUAGUAUACGUGAAUUAAUAAAUUGGCUUAUCACUAUUUAAGGUAAUAUUGCUCUAGAGAGUUAAAAUAAUUUUUCGAACAAGAAUUCCUUACAAUUGCAUUGUGUAUAAAAUUAAUUUUCAUUGAAAUACAAUUUGAGCUCAGGUUCAGUUUGAAUUAUAAUAAUUUAUUAAAAAUUAUUUUUAAUUUAAGUUUAAUCUUUUUGAAGCCUAGGAUCAUGAAACU